GUCCUUCUGCCUCAGCCUCCUAAGUAGCUGGGACUACAGGUGUGCACCACUGUGCCUGGCUGAAAAAGACUUACUUUCUUGACCUACAGUUGCAACUUCUACAUUUAAAGAUACCCCAAUGGACAUAGCAAGUUCCCUGGCUCAUGGAAAAGAGGAAUUUAUUCCAGAGACUUGGCAAAACUCUAAAUAAGAAAUGAAAAUGUGUCUUACCCUCAGCUCUAUAGAUGUUAAUAGUUACCUUAUUGUGUCUUAUGCAACAGAACAUUUUCUUAUGUGAUGCAAGUUGUGGCAUCAUUUUGAGACUAAUCAUUCAGAGAUUAAAGAGAAAGGAAUAUUUUCAGUGUGGACACUAUGAGUUUUUAAAAGUCAAAAUUACAGAUUUUCAGACUGGAGGGAAGCAUUCUAUGGAUUUAAUUUGCCACAUUGAAAAGUAUUGAUCACUUUCACCUGUGUGAACAGAAAGCCCUUUGAAGUCCUCCUCCCUGCCUUUUUUUUUUUUUUUUAAUUAAAAAAAAAGUUCUUCAGACCAAAAAUGAGAAAACCACAGUGGAUUAUCCUCAGCUGUGAUUGGUCCACUUCUUGCUAUGACCUCAGUAGGAGUCAUUAUUGUAAAAUGCCAAGCACCUGUUUUAGUCCCUGGCUCUGCCUAAGUUUUUGGCCCAAGGCAGAAUCCAACAGAUAGUACUGCCCCCAGACGGGGAUCCUGCACAGGGACUUACAGCCAAAGAACCUGCUUGUGUGGACGCUGAACCGAACUUCACGUUUGCAGACUUUGGCUUUAGCAACGAGCUCACCUUUGGCAACAGGGUAGAUAACUUCUGUGUCAGUGCUUCUUACACUGUCCUGAAACUCUUGUAGGCAACAUACGCAGAAGUACGAUGGCUCUGCGGUGGAUGGGGCGGCCUGGGAGUCACUCUCUAUGCAGUGGUCGGUGGUCAUCAGGUUUCUGUCUUACACUGGACAGAACUAUUGCAGAGCUUCCAAAGCAGGUAUAUACCACAUUCCCUUUACAUGUCUGUGGAAUAUGAACACCUAAAGAAAUUCCUGCUCCCAAACCCCAGUAAGAGAGGCACUUCAGAGGAAAUCAUGAGGGACCCACAGAUAAAUGUGGGCUAUGAAGAGGAACUGAAACUACGUCCAGCCACUCCCUGACUCCAAGGACCCCUGGCACACUGAGUUAAUGCUGUCCUUGGGCUACAUGUCAGGGAAAUUCUGGACUCAUUAAUGGGCUACCGGACACGUCAGCUGGAGGGCCACACCAUCACUGUGAAGUCCUUUCCUUAGCCAAUCCCACCAGCUGUUGCAGUCCUCCAUCCUUCCGGGUAGAGCCUAGGGUCUCUCCAGCCCAAAGCAGCGAGCCUGCUCUUCCCACAUUUUCUUUUUCCUGUAACAGAAAGUCAGUGGCUUGAGGAGGAUCAGGAGUCAGGCUGAAAGACCAGCAGAACUGUCAAAGUGCCUGCCAGUCCUCUGCCUCCCCUUGAGAUGAAGACUGGCCCAGCACAGCCUCCAGCAUGACCUUGUGGCCUCCCCCUCCACCCACAGCACUAGCAGCAGUGGUGGAACCCCAGACAGAAUCAGCUGUUCCUAGGGUGUAUCCUCCAAAGGAGACUCCCUUCAUACUGGGCAGCUUUGGUUAGGACCAGCAGAAUUUGCCAGAAAGUAUAACCUCAGCCAUUGCCUCUAGGAACGUUCAGGGCUGGCAGGGGACCACAGGAGGUUCCUUAUCUUCCUCCACAGACACCUGUGUUUCAGGUUGGCUGGAAAGAUCUGGCAUGUAGCUGGAAUGUGGGGAGUUCAAGCUGUGCUUGCUGCAUUUCACAUGGAGCAGGAAGAAUCUGAGCUCCAUGGAGUCCAAGGACAUGGUGUGGGAGAUCAGCCAGGUGCGGGAGAUCAGCCAGGUGCGGGAGAUCAGCCAGGUGUGGGAGAUCAGCCAGGUGUGGGAUGCAGACAGGUGCAGGAGAUCAGCCAGGUGCGGGAGAUCAGCCAGGUGCGAGAGAUCAGCCAGGUGCGGGAGAUCAGCCAGGUGCGGGAGAUCAGCCAGGUGCGAGAUGCAGACAGGUGUGGGAGAUCAGCCAGGUGCGAGAUGCAGACAGGUGCGGGAGAUCAGCCAGGUGCGAGAUGCAGACAGGUGCGGGAGAUCAGCCAGGUGUGGGAGAUCAGCCAGGUGCGGGAUGCAGACAGGUGCGGGAUGCAGACAGGUGCGGGAGAUCAGCCAGGUGCGGGAUGCAGACAGGUGUGGGAUGCAGACAGGUGCGGGAUGCAGACAGGUGCGGGAGAUCAGCCAGGUGCGGGAUGCAGACAGGUGUGGGAGAUCAGCCAGGUGCGAGAGAUCAGCCAGGUGCAGGAGAUCAGCCAGGUGCGGGAGAUCAGACAGGUGUGGGAGAUCAGCCAGGUGCGGGAUGCAGACAGGUGCGGGAGAUCAGACAGGUGUGGGAGAUCAGCCAGGUGCGGGAUGCAGACAGGUGCGGGAGAUCAGCCAGGUGCGGGAUGCAGACAGGUGCGGGAGAUCAGACAGGUGUGGGAGAUCAGACAGGUGCGGGAUGCAGACAGGUGCGGGAUGCAGACAGUUGUAGGUGGUAACACUUGUCCUUGAGGAGCAGACAUACCAAUUAGAGGUUCAUUCCUAAGCAUUUAUUCAGCCCCUUCAUGUGCCUCGCACCACGUAGGUAAUAAAGAAAUAGUCAGCUCUCCAUAUCCAUGGGUUCUGCAUGGACAGAUUCAACCAACCACAGAUGGAAAAUAUUCAGGAAAAACAAUGCAG